AUGCGUGUACAUGAAGAACGUGAAGAAGAUGAAAAUACACCAGGAACAUCGGAAGGAAAUACAAGUGCUGUGAUUCCUAGGGCAGAGAUAGUAACCACUGAGCCUAUAGUGACAAGACAAAAACAAAUGGUCUUGUCUAACAGAUUUGGAACUGUGUCAGAACAUCAAAUCAAUGAAUUUCAUGAAGCGAUUGUUCGGAUGAUUGCAGAGGACCUACAACCAUUGUCGAUUGUAGAAAACUCAGGUUUUCGUCGUAUGAUAAAGCUCUUAGAUUCUAGAUAUGAAAUACCCAGCAGAAGAGCCCUCGGUAGGACAAUUAUACCUCAAAUAAUGGAGAAGGUAAAAGGAAAUGUGCAAAUUUUAUUAAAUGCAGCAAGUCAUAUUGCAAUUACGACAGAUAUUUGGACUUCUAUGAAUACCGACUCCUUUAUGACGUUAACCGCUCACUUUGUUGACACAAAUUUAAGAGAGCUAAGUACUGUUGUUCUGUGUACCAAAAAGUUGGAGUCUAAUCAUACAGGUGUUUAUCUUUCCCAAGUAAUGACUGAAGAACUGAUGGAGUGGAAUAUUUUAAAUAAAGUAGUUGCAAUUGUAACGGACGGUGCUGUGAAUAUCAAAUUAGCCGUAAGGUUAAUGGACAUUCCUCAGAUUCCAUGUACAGCUCACAAGUUAAAUUUAAUUGUGCAGCAGUCACUAGAAAUGUCAGAGGUGGAUGAAGCUGAUAGAGAUGAAACAGGAGGAUUUAAAAAUAUUUUGAAGAAAUGUCGCAACAUUGUAGCUUUCUUCAAACGAAGUGAAGUUGGUAAUAGGAUAUUAGUAGAAAAACAGAAACAGCUGGGUAUAAAUAAAGUAUUAAAAGUAAAGCAAGACGUCCGUACGCGUUGGAACAGUACUUUAUUAAUGUUGGAGAGACUUGUACAACUGAAAGAACCUCUAACAAUUGCAAUAAUUUCCUUAACAAGAGCUCCAAUUUUCCUUGAUCACGAUGAAUGGAAUAUAGUUGAAGACAUAAUACCUUUGUUGAGACCCUUUAAUUGUUUAACGGUAGAGCUUUCUGCAGAGCAAUACCCAACAAUUUCCAAAGUGAUACCAUUGAUAAGAGGUUUACAAGGUUCGUUGGUUACAAAAAUUCCAAGAACGCUACUUGGACAAGCUUUAAAAACAAAUUUAAUUGGCAAUAUAACAAAACGGUUUGAUGUUUUUGAAAAACAAACAAUAACACCGAGUUUUUCAAGAGCUACCCUGUUAGAUCCAAGGUUCAAAAAAGUUGCAUUUGGAAUAGAUGAAAAUGCUAAUGAGGCUGAAAAGUUUGUAAUUUCAGAAAUAGCUGAUCUAUUAGAUACACCAAAUGCUGUUAAUGAACAAGCAGUUGUUAAUGAAGCAAUUCAAGAUAAUGUUUGGGAAUUCCUACAGUCUAAGGUUACUAGUAUACAAUCCCAAAGUACGGUAACAAGCAGUGCUACUGCCUUGAUGAGGCAAUACUUAAGUAUUUCCCAUCAAGACUUAAAAUCAAAUAUUUUUACAUUCUGGAAUCAACACAAGUCUGUGUUAUAUCCACUUAGUAACAUUGCUGAAAAAUAUGCAAUUAUUCUGGAAUAA